AUGUUCGCUUCCAAGGCCUUUGCCCUCUUCGCCGCUGUCAUCGCCAGUGUUUCUGCUGCCCCAGCUGGCACUCCUACUACUGGAAACGACUUGGUCAGCCGCACAGGAUGGACCGGAGUCACCCACUCAGUGGUUGUUGGACGCGGCGGCCUGCACUUCGAUCCCGAGAACGUUGUAGCUGAGAUUGGCGACACCAUCGAGUGGCACUUCCAAGCUGCCAACCACUCCAUUGCUCAGUCCGACUUUGCUCACCCUUGCAAGCCUCUCGCCGACGGCACUUCAUUUUUUGCAGGGUUUAACUUCGUAACAAAGGACGGUCAGAAUCCAAACGUUUACCAGAUCACUGUUAUCGACAACAGCCCCAUCUGGUACUACUGCCCCCAGACCAAGGGCAACCACUGCCAGAUGGGCAUGGUCGGUGUUAUCAACCAGAACUUCAACUCCCAGAACACUCUCUCAAACCAGAAAGUCAUUGCUGCUGGCACUGGUGUUUCCACCGUCGGAACUAUCCAGGGCGGCAAGAACGGCGGCUUCAUCCGCGCCAACCCCAACCCCAACAGCGGUUUUUAA